GGCUUUCUAUUUGAGCUGCAGACACCUCCCUGUCUCCUAGAGUUCCUGUCCUUCUUUCUACCAUGUGGCUCGGUGCUCUGGUCUGGGCUUCUCUUGCUUUUUGCCCAAUAUGGGGACACUCACCCUCAUCACCUGUAGUGGACACCACACAAGGCAAAGUCCUGGGGAAGUACACCAGCUUAGAAGGAUUUGAACAGCCUGUGGCAGUUUUCCUGGGAGUCCCCUUUGCCAAGCCCCCUCUUGGAUCCCUGAGGUUUGCUCCACCACAGCCUCCAGAGACCUGGAGCUUUGUGAAGAAUGCCACCUCCUAUCCUCCCAUGUGCUCCCAAGAUGCAGUUGCAGUACAGCUACUCUCAGAUAUGCUCAGCACCAAAAAGGAGAGCGUACCUCUCCUGUUUUCGGAAGACUGUCUCUACCUGAAUAUUUACAGCCCUGCCGAUUUGACAAAAAGCAGUCGAUUGCCUGUGAUGGUGUGGAUCCAUGGCGGUGGAUUGAUGACAGGCGGAGCAUCACUCUAUAAUGGACUAACUCUCUCUGCCCAUGAAAACGUGGUGGUAGUAAGCAUUCAAUACCGCCUGGGUAUUUGGGGAUUAUUUAGCACAGGUGAUGAACACAGCCGAGGGAACUGGGCUCACUUGGACCAGCUGGCUGCACUACGCUGGGUCCAGGAUAACAUUGCAAACUUUGGAGGGAACCCAGAUUCAGUGACCAUCUUUGGAUCAUCAGCAGGAGGUGUCAGUGUCUCUGUUCUUGUCUUAUCUCCUCUGGCCAAAAACCUCUUCCACAGAGCCAUUUCUGAGAGUAGCGUGGUCCUCGGUACAAACCUGCGCAACAAGAAUAUCCAGGCUGUGACUGAAGUAGGUCCCAACCUGAGCAUUCCUGCAUCACUGUCUGAGUUUCCUUUGGGUCUUCCCUGGCUUUUCUGGCUGUGGGGUACAGCUGAAAUAAUCAGUCAAUUCUUAAAGUUGUGGGGCAUGAGAAAAUCAAAAGAGGAAAAGAUGCCUUUGGCUUCCCUGACACAAAAGAGCAAAGCCUGUGGCCUCAACAUACAGCUAUCAGACAAUACCUCCAUGUCCACUGUGAUAGAUGGUGUGGUGCUGCCAAAGGCACCAGAAGAGAUCUUGGCUGAGAAGAAUUUUAACAUUGUCCCCUACAUAGUGGGCUUCAACAAGCAAGAGUUUGGUUGGAUCAUUCCAACGAUGUUGGGAGAUCUACUCUCUGAAGGCAAAAUGAAUGAGGAAACGGCCAGUCUUCUCUUGAGGAGGUUCCACUCUGACCUUAACAUCUCUGAGAGUCUGAUUCCAGCAGUCAUUGAGAAGUACUUAAGAGGAACAGAUGACCCUGCCAAAAAGAGAGACCUUCUCCUGGACAUGUUUUCAGAUGUAUUUUUUGGUAUCCCAGCUGUGCUCUUGUCCCGUAGCCUCAGAGAUGCUGGAGUGUCCACCUACAUGUAUGAGUUUCGGUAUCGCCCAAGCUUCGUGUCUGACAAGAGACCCCAGACGGUCGAGGGAGACCAUGGCGAUGAAGUCUUCUCUGUAUUCGGGACUCCACUUUUAAAAGAGGGUGCCUCAGAAGAGGAGACCAACCUCAGCAAGAUGGUGAUGAAAUUCUGGGCCAACUUUGCUCGAAAUGGGAACCCUAAUGGGGAAGGGUUGCCUCACUGGCCAAAAUAUGAUGAGCAGGAAGGGUAUCUACAGAUUGGAGCCACUAUCCAGCAAGCCCAGAGACUGAAAGCAGAGGAAGUGGCUUUCUGGAAUGAGCUCCUGGCUAAGAAUCCACCUGAGACAGACCAUACUGAACACAGAGAACACAAAUGAAUGGGAGGCUCUGCCAGUCUCAGGACCAGAAGAGCGAACGAAGAUGGAGCUAUUCCACAAAGGAUGACUAUUCACCAAAGAUGGAUGUUACAGAGGAAACUGCAUAGUUGUACAGUGGAGAUAUUUGUAUCUCAACUUGAAAGUAAAUUUCCUUUUAAAAAUCAAA